AUGGAUUUCGGAACGUCGACGUUUUUGAAGCUGAGCAGGCCUCAGGCUGCUCCCGCAGAGUUUGAGUUUACGGAAAAGUCGCAGCUGGCGCUGAUCAAGAAGAGCAUAAAAUCGCAGAGGGACGGGAGGAGCUACGAGGUCAUGGUCCUGCCGAGCCCCAAUGACCUCUACGUUCCCUCCUACUACAUGCUGGACAAGGACAGGAUCUACUGGCUGCAGGGCAUCAAGCCCGGAGUGAACCCAGUCAGCGUGUUUAUAGACGAAUUUGUGGCGACUCCAGAGUACAUUCUGGGCACCUUUGACUUUGAUGUCAUGUUCAUUUUCAUCACAGUCCUGUACAAUAACCCCCAAAAGUUUCUGACGAUGCACUCCAGAGUCGUCGAGUGCUACAGAAGCGGCGGAUCCAACGAGCAUAGGGACCUGGAGCUCGCAGUUUUGACGCUCUGGAACAGGAAUGUGAAUAAUGUCAAGGACAGACUCUUGUACCUUUGCGAUACCAUGGAGUCCCCCGGAGGAGAGGAGCUGCUCUACAAGCCGAAUAACGAGCGUUUUCUUGCAAUGUUAUCCCACAAGGUUGGCAAUAUGCGCCAACACAUCGCAGACAAUGGCAUCAUAAUACCAGACUAUUGCGAGUCCGAAUGCACGUCCACAAAGGGGCUCAACAAACACUUGAUAACGAUCAAAGAGGACAAGUGUAAGGUGUUUUGCUGGGGAAUCAUCCAGUCCCUCUUGUCAAAAUCCGCCAAGAGCAUCCUACCAUCAAAGGUUGUGGAUCGUCUCGAAAAGUUGGAUGAGGAGAAAAAGGUGGAACAGGAACUCAAAAGGACGCAAGAACCUCUUGUACGCCCAAAGCCGGUUCGACGGAAAAUAAAAACUAUCAAACUGCCAGAGAAUACCGCACGCAUAACGGGUUUCUUUGGUAAACUUGUCAAGAAGGAGUGA